AAGGCCUUAUUAAAGGGCUGACCGAAGUUGUGAAGAGUCAAAAAGAUCUUAUUCAGACUCGAGCCGGUUCAGCUAAUAUUCGCUUGGUUGAUACUUUGAAACUUCCCAAAUAUGAUCCUGAUAAUAAGGAUGUUAAAGGAGAUUGGGAAAGUUUUGUUAUUGAGUGGGAGAGGGUGAUCCUUCUCACCGGCGAUGUGGCUGAUAAGACUAAAAUGGAAAUGUUCCGGCAAAGUAUGGUAGGCUCAGCAAAAUCAGUAGCUGAUGUUUACGUGAAGUCUGUGAAGCCUACUUAUGUUGGUUUGAAGAAGUUUUUGUAUAAGGCCUAUGGUCUGACUGACCAGCAACGUAAAGUUUUGGCUUUCAAGAAGUAUCGAUCGUUGAAGUUGAAGUCUCAAGCUACAGUGAGUGAUGUGAAGAUCUUCCUAGCUAACUGGGAGUUGUAUGGUUCGGAGCUCGAGUCUCUCAAGAUUUCGUUUGAUGAGAGUCAGAAAAUAAUUGACUUUAUGAAUGCCCUUCCUGUUGAUGUCCGGCGAUUUAUCAGUCUUCAGCCGAAGGAAGUGGAGCUUAUGACAUUGGAGGAAAUUGGUAUGUUGGUUAAACGGUUCUACCGGUUUGGUUUCUACAGCUUCUCCUUCUGCAAAUA